CGAGCCGACACCACGCGACAGGCACUGACAAGAUGGCGAUCAUUUCAGAAACAGAGGAGUUACUGCCGUGACGGAGAGGCUCGACACCUCCACCAGGUUGGUCCCGAAAGCCGAACCCGACGCUGGGCGCCGACCUCCGGCAUGAACUUGUUGGGAUUAUCGCUGCUAGCCUGGCUGGCUAAUGAAGACAACACCACCAUGCCCUGGGAGGGUCCUGUUUCUAAGCUCACCAUGGUUACCAUGGUGAUAUGAAGCCAGUGUGAAGCGUUGACACACACACACAGACUCGCACACAGACAGUCAGUUAUUGACUGACAGCCAGCCAGCUGGGCGGGCAGCCGUGUGGAAUGGACAGGUGUAAGCAUGUGGGGCGGCUGCGGCUGGCCCCAGACCACUCCAUCCUCAACCCACAGAAGUGGCACUGUGUCGACUGCAACACCACCGAGUCUAUAUGGGCCUGCCUCGGCUGUGCUCAUGUGGCAUGUGGGCGGUACAUUGAGGAACACGCUUUGCAGCACUUCCAGCAGCAGGGGCAUCCAUUGGCUAUGGAGGUUAAUGAACUUUAUGUGUUUUGUUACUUGUGUGACGACUAUGUUCUGAAUGAUAACGCCACCGGAGACCUCAAGCUGCUCCGUAGUACGCUCAGCGCCAUCCAGAGCCAGCGCUAUGAGGUUACCACCCGCAGCGGGCGGACCCUCCGCUCUGCCAGCGCUGCCCCAGACGCCCUCAUGCCGUCCGGAGCCCGCGAGCUACAGCUGAAAGACGAGGACAGAAUGUUUACUGCCCUCUGGCAUCGCCGCAGGGCGCUGAUGGGACGCAUCUUCCGCUUUUGGUUUGGCCUGACUGAAUGCGGAAAGAAGAGAGAGGAAGAAGAGAGGAAGAGAGAGGAGGAGGAGGAGCAGAAGAGGGAGGCCAGGGAGAGGAGACGAGCUCUAAAGAGGCAGCUACAGGAGGAGCUUGAGAACGCUCCUCUCAGGAAGUCUCGUCGCUUGCGUCGGAAAAGCCACAGAGUUGCGGAAGCGGCAAUCACAACACCAACCUCUCGCAGGACACGCAACAAGACAAAAACCUCCACAUCCCCAUCUGUCAAGCGCAGACCACGGACUCAGAGCCCUGCCGCUGCUACACCCAAGAAAGCUGGACGAACGAAAAAGGUUGAGCCGUCUCCCAAACGCCGGAGCCGGUCUUCUACUACCAAAUCUAAGCCCAAAACACCCUCAUCCACCUCUCGUACUCCCCACACCCCGGUCCGCCGUAAGCAGAGUACCAAACAGGGGGGCUCACCAUUCAAACGGCGUCCCACAGUCACUCCUGGAGUGACAGGCCUGAGAAACUUAGGAAACACCUGUUAUAUGAACUCCAUCCUGCAGGUUUUGAGUCACUUGCAUGUCUUCAGGGAGUGCUUUCUGCGUCUGGAUCUGACCCAGGCUCUGGAGCUGCUGGCGUCCGCCGUCCACGGCCAGCUGGCAGGGAAGGCCUCAUCGCAGUCCCCCAUGGCCCAGAGGAAGGGACUCCAGACCAGCUCAGGCUGUGGCGUGGGGCUGAGCGGCGGGGCCUCUAGGGCCCGUAGCAUGGAGCUGAUCCAACCCAAAGAGCCCAGCUCAAAGCACAUCUCUCUCUGCCACGAGCUGCACACCUUGUUCCAGGUCAUGUGGUCGGGCAAGUGGGCGCUGGUCUCGCCUUUCGCCAUGCUCCACUCGGUGUGGCAGCUGAUCCCGGCGUUCAGGGGCUACGCUCAGCAGGACGCUCAGGAGUUCCUGUGUGAGCUGCUGGAUAAAGUGCAGCACGAGCUGGAGAGCACCGGCAAGCACACAACCACCGCAGGCGUACCACAGAAACGACUCAUCAAGCAGGUGCUCAGUGUGGUCAACACCAUCUUCCACGGCCAGCUGCUCAGCCAGGUAACGUGUCUGGCUUGUGACCAUCGCUCCAACACCGUGGAGCCAUUCUGGGAUCUGUCUCUGGAGUUUCCUGAGCGCUACCACAGUAAUAGCAGGGAGUCGGCCUCUCAGGCUUCUUGCCAUCUGACGGAAAUGUUGGCCAAGUUCACCGAGACCGAAGCGCUGGAGGGAAACAUCUACGCCUGCGAUCAGUGUAACUCUGCCAGACGACGGACCUCCUCCAAACCAGUCAUCCUGACCGAAGCACAGAAACAGCUGAUGGUCCACAAACUGCCUCAGGUCCUCCGACUUCACCUCAAACGCUUCAGGUGGUCUGGGCGGAACCACCGGGAGAAGAUCGGCGUCCACGUCAGCUUCGACCAGCUCCUCAACAUGGAGUCCUACUGCUGCCGGGAGUCGUCGCCCAAAGGCUUACCCUGCCCCAGUCCCAGCAGCCCCAGCUCUCCAGGCUCACCACGCCCAAAGCACUUCCUCUACGAACUCUCCGCCGUGGUGAUGCAUCAUGGGAAAGGCUUCGGCUCAGGCCACUACACUGCCUACUGCUACAACACAGAAGGAGGCUUCUGGGUUCACUGUAAUGACUCUAAGCUGAAUGUGUGUUCGGUGGAGGAGGUGUGCCGAGCUCAGGCCUACAUCCUCUUCUACACACAGCGAGUAACUCAGGACAAAGACCGGCCGCUAUAGGACCACCUCCUCUUCCUCCUCAUCCUCCACUCAGCACAGCCCCACUUAUCGCUCUUUCUCCCUUCCCUCUCUUUCUUUGGGCAUUUUCUACCACGGAAGGAUGGCUGUUUUUAGUCUAUUUUUCUAAAUAAUGAAAGAGGACUUUUUAAAAUCCGGUUCUGCUUUGUGAACUUCUUGUACAUGGUGUUUAUAUGUAGGUAUUUUUUUUAAGAAAUGGUGAUUUUUGUGAUUUAUGUACAGCUGUAUUUUAUAAAAAACAAAACAAAACUGAGUAUCAGCCAGUAGCAGCCAGGCGUGACUACACAAGUGUCCUCUCUUCGGUGGCUCGUUGAUUGUAAAUGCUGUUUGUUCGUUUGAAAUCAGAUGAAAUUGUUUCUCAGUCACUUUAGAUAGUCGACACAGAACUGGAUGUCGGGUUGUAAAAACGUCGUUCACUCAGAAAUGGCCUCCCUGUGUUCUAGACAGGUAAGAUUUUUAACAGCUGGCUACACUUUGGCCCUUUUUCCUCCCAGAAAUGCACUAAUUUUUUAUACAUAAAAUGGUUUUUAUUCACUUAGUGUUGUUCAAAAUCUGCACGCAUGAAAUGCAGGCCGUUUUGCUUUUCACUCUGAUUCCUCCUGGGUCUGAAGCAAGCCAAAGCCUCGGGGGAAGUGUUUGGAAAAACCUCUCAGCAUUUCCAAAACGGUUCAACAUUUGCUGGGUUGUUUUUUUAUUUUUUCUUCCUUCCUUUUACCAAGGGGAUAAAAAAAAAAAGAAGUUUCCAAAGGGAUCAUUUUUGGCUCAAUGCUGCCAUCUUUCUGCUCUAGAAUGUAACCAUCCCCAACCAGACGGAUACUACUGUACUAGAAAAGUGCCCUUUUAUUGACAAAGCAGAUCUAUUUUUAUAGUUCAUAUCAAUUCAGCUGCAGUCCCACGCAGACCAGCAUUUAGAUAAUGAAUGUAUUUCUAUACAAUCCUUCUCAGAGGUUUUACAAAACAAGGCCAUUGACUGUUUCAGAAGUUCUAUUCAACCACUUGUUCUGAUUGUUCAACACCACCAGCGGUCACGACAGAUGUUCAAUUAUGUCCCUCUGAUUUGUCAGAGGGGGGAAUCGAAGCACACUUCAUCUUGGCUUUUGUUCGUCAUCAGAGGUGUUAUUUGUUGGCAUUUGGGUUACUACAUGUGUGUGUAAAUUUAUGGAAGUUAUACUAUGCAAAUUGUUACCUCAACUUUUUUCUAGAAAAAAUUACCUCAAUAAAUGAGAAUAUUUUUUCAUUUUUCUACAAAAGA